AAUUGCGAAUAAAAUCCUCAGUGUAACACAAAUCCUUUUAUCCUCUUCCUCAUCCUGAUCCUUAACCAAGAUGCUGUCCGAGUCUCGAAGUGACAGUUUUGUUCCGCUUGACUUUGGCAAUGGAUUCAACUUCAUCAAUAGCAAACGCAAUGGUGAACUGCUGGUCAAGGGCUAUAAGCCUCCGUUGGCCGUCCGCACGGGCACCUCCAUUGUGGGUAUUAUCUUCAAGGACGGCGUCAUCCUGGGCGCUGACACGCGUGCCACCGAGGGACCCAUUGUCUCCGACAAGAACUGCUCGAAGAUCCAUCGCCUGCAGGAUCACAUUUAUUGCUGUGGCGCCGGCACCGCUGCGGAUACGGAGCACAUUACUCUGAUGACCUCCGCCGAGAUGGAUCUGCAUGAGCUCAAUACUGGUAGACAGGUGCCGGUGAUCUGUGCCUGCAUGCUGCUCCGUCACACGCUCUUCCGCUACCAGGGCCACAUUAGUGCCGCCCUGGUCAUGGGCGGUGUCGACAAGUAUGGGCCGCACAUUAACUGCAUCCAUCCACAUGGCUCCAUCGAUAAGAUACCUUAUGCCGCCAUGGGAUCGGGCACUCUGGCCGCCAUGGCUGUUCUGGAGAAUGGCUGGAAUCCGAACAUCGAUCUGGAACAGGGCAAACAGUUGGUACGAGAAGCCAUCAGCGCUGGUGUCUUCAACGAUCUUGGCUCCGGCUCCAACAUCGAUCUCUGCGUGAUCACAGCUGCCGGUGCCACGCCCCUUCGCACCGAGACCAUCGCCAGCGAGCGGGGCGAGAGAUUGGGCAAAUACUCCUUUCUUCCAAACACGACGCUAGUGAAGAGCAUGUCGGUGCAGGACAUUGAGAUCACCGAGGAACGCACCUAUCGCCCCUCCCAAUCCCCGUCUCUUUUGGAAACUGAAUCGCAGUCGACAUCUCAGCCGGAUGCUUCGAUUGCCACACAACAGCCAUCUCCAGAAAAUAAUGAUUAAGUAAAGAUAUUUGUUUUAUUUACCUAACCUGAGUAUAUAAAUGAAAUAAUUAAUUAAUUAUA